CACUCUUUACCAUUUUCCAUUCGCAAAGUAUUCUCUCUCUCUCUCUCUCUCUCUCUCUCUCUUCUCCGCGCACGAACUCGCCUCUUUCCUUCGGACUCUGCGCAGAGGAGCUUUCCCCCUUAUGCGAAGCGCGAAUCCGAAGCCGCAAGCUCCGAGCUCCGACCGCAAUGUGGAAGCUGAGCCAGUCGUUGUUCGGCGGAGAAGAAGAGGGCCAAGACGAAGUCUUGGCUGAAGACUCAGAUGGAAUCUGCUCUCUCUCUCCUAUGCAGAGGGUCUACGCCUUCGGAGCGUGUCUUCUCGUCGGCCUCGUGUGCAUGUUCCUGUCCUUGAUUGUGUUUGCGAAGCCCAUCAAAUUUGCCGUCGUUUUCACCUGUGGCAACCUUUUGGCCGUCGGUAGCACAGUCUUCCUUAUUGGAGCUGCACAACAAAUGAGGAUGAUGUUUGACUCAACUCGAGUCUUUGCAACAGCCAUUUACCUUGGAUGUGUCGCUUUAGCUCUCAUCUGCGCUCUUUGGAUACAUAGUAAGGUUUUGACCAUUAUAGCAAUCAUUAUUGAGAUCUGCGCCCUUAUCUGGUACAGUUUAAGCUACAUUCCUUUUGCCCGAAGAAUGGUUUCUGAUUUGAUGGUUAGACUUUGUGACACCGAGUUGUAAGAGAAGUUCGUUCACCAUUGGUUUAUUAUUUUAUGCAUUGGGGUUACUGGUGUGUGGUCAUUUUUUUUGCUUUUCCUGAGCCUGUGAUUGAUUGCUUGCUAAUUGUCAUAUUUGUUUCUUCAUUGAACUGUUUGCUUUGGUUUCUUGAAUCUGUUUUGCACCUGAGUUCUGGUCCAAUAAACUUUUGUAAGCUCAUUGUUAUCGAAUUUUGUCGAGCCAAGGGUCGGUAAUGGUUAUAAUACAGUACAUCUUUGGAAGAA